GGCGCAGCUGACAGUGGUAACGCUGACGAGUCGCUUAUCGAAAGGACUACAGGCUAUAUCGCAGUCAAAACUCAUUUGCGGUCAAAAUGAAAAGGAAUCAUGAUUUCAGCUCCUCGGACAGCGAGCUCGACGAGAACAUCGAGAUCGAGAAAGAAAGUGCCGAUGAAAAUGGGAACCUCUGUUCUCCACACGGAUCAAUGUCUCCUACUACGUCGUCUCAAGUGCAAGCGAGAAAACGGCGCCGAGGAAUCAUUGAAAAACGUCGCCGUGACAGGAUCAACAACAGUCUAACGGAGCUGCGCCGACUCGUCCCCAGCGCCUUUGAGAAGCAGGGUUCGGCUAAACUGGAGAAAGCUGAGAUAUUGCAGAUGACCGUGGACCACCUGAAGAUGCUUCACGCCGCAGGUGGUAAAGGGUACUUCGACGCCCACGCACUGGCGAUGGAUUACCGCGGCCUCGGGUUCCGGGAGUGCCUGGCGGAGACCGCUCGCUACCUGAGCAUCAUCGAGGGCCUGGACAGCACCGACCCCCUGCGGAUACGCCUGGUCUCCCACCUGAACAGCUACGCCUCCCAGAGGGAGGUGCACACGGGACUCGGACACUUAGCCUGGGGCUCCGCUUUCGGGACGCCCCCCGCCCACCUGGCACACCACUUCCUCCUCCACCAGCAGGGGGCAGCAGCGUCACGCAGCACCAGCAGCCCCCCUUCCUCCUCCUCCUCCUCCUCUCCUUCCUCCUCCACCACCUCCUCGCCCUCCGCCGAGCCCCACGCUCCCAGCAGGCUUAGCGGCACGCCGCACCCCGAUCCCGUGCACGGGCCCCUGAGGGUGCCCCCAAACGGGGCCCUGCCCCUGCCGGUGGCCGCCUCCAAGCUCUCCCCGCCCCUCCUUUCCUCCCUCUCCACCCUUUCGGCAUUCCCUUUUUCCUUCAGCGCCUUCCCCCUGCUCUCCCCGAGCGCUCUCAGCCCCUCCACCCCUUCCUCCACUGUGGGGAAACCCUACAGGCCCUGGGGCAUGGAGAUAGGGGCCUUCUGAACUUUGCUCCUGCAGACUGAAGGAACCAGCUGAGCUGGGCUUCGGAGAACAUGGUCACAUGGUCACAUGGUCAAAAGAACCUGCCAGUCAGUCGUUUUCUUUCCCUGUUGUUCCUCCUUUUCACUCGGCAGUAGAAAAAAAAAAAACAAGGCAGACGCAGAUAUAGAAUUGCAGCUCUAGUAAUUCUAUUUCUAUAAACAAAAGAAGAAAGGCAAAACAGACUGAUUUACGACAUCAUUGAAUUUGUGUUUUUUUUUUUUUGAGCAGCAGGGGGUAGGGGUGUGUGUUUGUGCG